AUGAACGGAGCUCUGUCACCAUUUGAAUCGGGAAAGUUCAUUGUCGAGCACGCGAGUCAUGUCAGAAUUAACGAUGAAGCUGUUCAAAAAGUGGCAAGAAUGAUCUUGGACUCGAUCAGUAAUGGAUCCAUUGUCGAUUCGGAAUUUGCUGCGCAAGCACUUCAUCCCAAGCAAAAGGGCAAAUCUGCCGUGGAUUGGGUCUUUUUCGUCGAUACGAUCAACUUCUCCUUUUGGCCAGACAAGGGCUCCAAAUACGAUGUCACCUACAAUGGAGUCCGCUAUACGGGCUAUUUUGCUGUAUGCGCUGCUGUUAACAAGGCACUAGAGUCAGGUUUCGAUAUCACGUCAGCAGAAUGGAUGGCAAAUGCACAAGAAGAAGACGUGGACACUAUACUCAAGUCCGUUGAUGGAUAUUCUAUUCCACUACUGGCUGAGCGUGUUAGAGCCAUCAAUGAGUCCGGCAGAGUUCUGAUUGAGAAAUUUGAUGGUUCGUUCUACAACUGUGUCGUAGCAGCGAAUGGAAGCGCAGUGAAGUUGCUGGAAAUCAUUGUUGAGAAUUUCGAGUCAUUCAGAGAUUUCGCGGUGUUUUAUGGGCAAAAAGUCUCCUUUUUGAAACGUGCACAAAUUCUGGUAGCGGAUGUGUACGGCGCUUUGAAAGACGAGAAUCCUGAAUGCACUUUCUCAGAUAUUGGGUGUCUAACCAUGUUUGCUGAUUACCGCGUACCACAAGCUCUUGCUUUUCUCGGUGUGCUGGAAUACUCAAAAGAAUUGAUGGGCAUGCUGACGCAUGGUCACCUUCUUCCCAGUGGAAGUCAUGAAGAAGUAGAAUUACGUGGAGCCUCGAUAUGGGCUUGUGAACUCAUUGUGCUAGCAAUUCGGAAGCUUCAAGCGACUGAAGGUGAUGCAGUACGGCCGGUCCAUGCUAUGGAUGUCGAUAUCUUUGCAUGGACAUAUCGUCGUAAACACGCUGCAGAAAUCGAACGAAAGAAAGGAAUACGUAAUAAGCUCGUUGAAUCAUAUCCUCACAUCGAGCCGUACUUACCAGAUAUUCUUCCGAAAAAGGAAAACUUCAAGCUGAUAAAGUGUAAGGAUCACGUGGAGCUCAUAGCCGAUCAUAAUGGUAUUGUACAGUUCUUUAAGACUAGAAAUACAGAAUGGGUGCCAACUCUUCGCUUAUUGCAUAAAUAUCCAUUUAUUUUACCUCAUCAGCAGGCAAGUGUUGACAAAGGAGCUAUAAAAUUUGUGUUGAAUGGUUCGUCUAUUAUGUGUCCAGGAUUGACUUCGCCAGGCGCGAAGAUGACGGCCGGUAUUCAGCCAGAUGCGAUUGUAGCGAUUAUGGCUGAGGGUAAACAACAUGCGUUGGCGAUCGGUCAAAUGAAGAUGAGUUCUGAAGAUAUACAAUCUGUUAACAAAGAUGUUGGCAUCGAAAAUGUACAUUUUUUAACUGAUGGCUUGUGGAGAUUGGCAGAAAAAUCUCUGAAUUAA